AUGGCCGACCCAGAGACAUUAGCGGCGUUGAAGAGAGCUUACGCCGAUACGAUACUAAACACGACGAAGGAAGCGGCGGCGCGUGUGAUUGUUUCUGAGAAGAAGGCGCGUAGGUUUCAACAAGAGCUUGUGACGGUUAGAGAUGAAGCAAUCCAUACGUUGCUUAGGCUUAAACAUAUGUUUGAUUCCAAGGUCAAGGAGACAGAGAUAAUAUCCUUGAAGCAGCAACAAAAGGUUGAGGAACUUGAAGCUCAGCUUGGAGAAGCUGAAGAUAUUGUAGGAGAGCUGAGGAUGGAGUUGCGAGAACUUCGUGAUGAGCUCAAGAAAGUUACGAAUGGUCAGACACAUCUUAAAAGUGAUCACGAGGAAGAAUCAUGUUUGAAAAUCAGCGAUGCAGCAGUUUUGCUAGUUCCUGAGGUUUCUAGCAGUCACGAGAAAUCAGGAGCUGUAGGUUCUUGCAUCCCAGUUGAACAAAGUGGACUGUUAGUGCCUAAUGGGAUAAGAAAAACAUCUUUCACUCGCAUAAAUAGUAUUAACCGGUGUUCUUCUAAAGAUAACCAGGAUCGGUGUCACCACACUCUUCCGUCUAUAUUGACAAAACGCAGGGAAGCUGAAAGAUGCACUCAAAUGAUCCAAACAGUACAUAGGAGUGUGGCCAGUGGAGAUCUGUCUUCCUCUGUAGAAGUAGAAGAUGUGAAUAAUGGAGUAUGUCUUCACAAAGUUUCGUCUUGUAAAAGUGUAGAGACCUUAGAAAUGUCUGGCUGUGCUGUUGCUAGUGACUCCAUAUCUUCUGUUAGAGAUGAAGAAGACCCAAUGGAGUCUCAAAACUCUUCUCAGAAGGAUUUGGACACUCCCGUAUCCUUGAAAACAUCUCCGAGGGAAGAUGAAAAUGGCAGAAAGUUGGCGAUUGGCGAAACAGAGGCAAUGAAAGAAGAAAAAGAGAGCUGUGAGAAUAUUGAGGUUUCAGCAUCUCCUUUGUGUAAAGGAACUCCGGUUUUGGCAGUUAAUAAUAACCGGUGCAUCAAGUACACAUUCAAGAGGAAGAGAAAGAAGGAGGUUUUAAACAAUCCUGAAGGAGAUUCGUCUCUUGAGGAAAGCGGAAACAAGAAACAAAAGACUGGAGAGAAAGAUGAUGGUUAUUUGGAAUCUCUGAAGCCUAGCUUCACCAAUGAAUCAUCUCGGGAUAGUCUCCGCGUAGCACAGGUGGCUCGGCAGUGUUUGGUCUGA